CGCAUAGUUCGGCUACGGGAAUCAGUUAGGUAGUAGUACUAGUAAAUUACGAUAUGGCGCCCAAAGUGCAGGCGUUACUGAUCCUGGCGACGAUAUGUUGCGGCGCCGUAUAUAGUGCUCCGGCCGACAAGGAACCCGUGCCCAUUAUCUCGCAGGAGAGCGACAUCCAGCCGGACGGGUCAUUCAAGUGGUCGUACGAGUCGGGGGAUGGUACCAAGCAGGAGCAGAGCGGGCAACCCAAGCAAAUUGAAAAAGAGACUCCCGUAGUGAUGCAGGGCGCCGCCUCGUGGACGGACAACGAGGGUAGCGGACACCAGCUGACCUACACUGCCGACGAGAACGGUUACCAGCCCCAGAGUCCCGACAUCCCCGUCGCUCCAGAAAUCCCACCCGCCAUUGCCAGGGCUCUGGAAUACAACGCCGCCCAUCCGGAACAAGACGGGGAAUAACCGAUACUCAUCGCUAACUAAGGAUUACGUACCGCUGACUUUCAGGAUUUAGAUUUUUAUUGUAUAUGUACAAGUCUGAUUUAUUAUUGAUUGUUUCUUUGUAUUUAUAUACAGUCGUGCUUUUGUAAAUAAAAGUGUAUUUUAUAUAUAUUUUAUAAUCAUAUUAUACUGUUUGUUGUGUUAUGAGAUAAAUAUGUAGAUAAUAAAGUGAGCAAUUUU